UUCAAGCUCAGAGAUCUUAUCUACGACCGUUUCGCAAUGCCUAGGCAAAACCAAACCGUGGAGAAUCUUCUCCUUCUCGGAAAAAUCAGGGAACGUGGUUGCUCUUCACCAACGUCUUCGUCUCCCUCUGUUCUCAGAGAAGAUUACCGUUUCAAGAGAGCCAUCACUACUCAUGUCCCCACAUGGAGACUCAUGGGACGAUCUCAGUCUCCGUCGUUACGUGAUGCUGCUGCUUCUCCGUGCGGGAGCAAGACUCUGUGGGAGAUGAACGAGGUGCCUUCGCCGAGAGUUUUGGAAGAAGAGAGUGUGGUGAAGGGAAGUAGAAAGAGUAGAAAGGAGAGUGUGAGAGUGCCGCUUCCUCCCCCGAGGUCGGUUCGUUCUGGUUCUUUACCGGCUCACCUCUCUGAUCCGUCGCAUAGUCCUGUCUCUGAGUCUGAGAGGAUGGAAGGGACUGGAAGUCGCCAGAGAAAAGGUUCCUCCACUGCGCAGAAGCUUAGGCUUGGAGACUGCAAUGUGGAGGCAAAGAAUCAUGUUAGCAAUGGCAGCUUCAUGGAUAUUGAGACUCGAUCACGGGCGGUGACACCUACUGGAACAACUAUGGGAGUCAAAACACGGUUGAAAGAGUGUAGUAACGCUCUCACAACAUCAAAAGAGCUUCUCAAAAUCAUCAACAGAAUGUGGGGACAAGAAGCCCGCCCAUCUUCAAGCACGUCCCUCGUCUCUGCUCUACACUCCGAGCUCGAAAGAGCUUACAAGUCAACCAGUUAAUCCACGAACAUAAUAAACAAGAAAACAACGACGUUACCUACAUGAUGAAACGUUUUGCCGAAGAGUGGAAAAGCAACGAGCAACAAGUCGUUGAGGCCGCAAUAGAAUCCGUCGCUGGAGAGCUCGAAGCGGAGAGGAAGCUAAGGAGAAGGUCCGAGAGGUUGAACAAGAAGCUAGGCAAAGAACUUGCUGAAACAAAAGCAGCUCUGAUGAAAGUUAAAGAAGAAGUUGAAAAGGAAAGAGAGAUGUUGCAGUUAGCUGACGCAUUGCGCGAGGAGAGAGUGCAGAUGAAACUCUCGGAGUACAUGAACCACCACGUGGAGAAGGUUACUUGGAUGACACGCAAGGUUAUAAACCUAACAAGGCUUCAUCAAAAGAUCAGCAUCUCCUCUCUGGUCCAAGACUAAGUAAGUUCCGUGGUGGUUCGGUUCCGAAGUCGUGGUUAUUGGAUGCUGCUAAAGGCGAGAACCAGAGUGCUAGAAGAUCAAGAUGGUAAUGAGAUAAAGACAGCAGAGCAUAGAUAAAAUAGAAUGUAAAGGCUUUUACAUUUACUAAUGAUCUACCUUUUGACAAGAGUGAUUCUUCAUGUGUAAGUUGACAAACAAAAAGGCUUGAAU